AGCCUUUUCUACGAAACACCCCUCUCCCCUACCUCCCCCUCCCAACAGCAGACAGGGGCACACAGGCGACCACGCUCUCCAGCCAAACCCUAAUUGUGAGUGCGUGUGUCUGCAUUUUUCCCCCCCUGACAUGAAGAAGGAAACCAAGUGAGUAUUUGUUCUCUCUGCUUGUGAAUGGUCGUUCUGAGCCUUUUGAAUCGUUUUGCUUGACUGAAAAAGUGGAGGUGGCAGGAUUUAGCUGUGAAAAAGUUCUAGAGUUGGGUUACCAUGUGGCAUUGUUGGAUGCACUUCAUCUUGGCCUGGAUAUCAAUGGCAACCCCAACGCUCUGCCAAAGCGGAGAUUGGGGUUCAGGCUUUGACAUCUACUCUGAAACAGCGGCCACCAAUGACACGUCGCAGGCAGUUGGUGAUGAGCCUGUGAGGAUGAGAAACAACCAAGACUGGAUCACAUCAGCAGCUUCCUCUCCAUCACCCUCACCUACACUGCUGUAUGAGCCUCAACCGGACAAGUGCUUUGUCCACUUCAGCACUAACGCUGCUUCAGCUCGAAGGCUGAAGGCCCAGAAAGAGGAGCUGGCCUACCUGCAGGCCAUCCAGCAUGGAAACAAGGCAGUGAUGGAGAGCUUGGAGCAGUUUGUGGGGGCAGAGCUGGGAGAUCUGAGCUAUGAGGAUGUGAUUAAGGAAAAUAUCCUUGGCAUCCACGAGGACCAGAAGAAUUGCCACGAGGUGGUAGAGAAAGCUGAAGAAGAUCUAGAAAAGCAGCUGGAGGGGGAAGUGUCGGGAGUCAUCGCUGGGAUGCAGAAAAUCAGACAAGAGUCCUUGGCCUUUGAAGACAUGCUCCGUACUGCAGCGGACAUCGCCAACAGGCUAGAGAUCUCAUCGCAGGUUCUGCACGCUUCAUUCACCAAGCAGCUGAAAGACAUUGCCAAAAUUCACCGCUAAGGAAGCGCUGAAAAGACUUUGUAUACUGCUUACGUGUCAACCUCUAACUUGCAAAUGAUGUUUGGUGUCCUGUAUAAGACCCAAAAUAAAGGAAAUAAACCAUGCAAUUCUAUGUUUGUAUUAACUGUCGGUGCUUAAAGAUGCAACUGAGAUACAAAAAAAACAGCAAAGUAAUAACCCUGUAACCCAAAAAAACUUAUUUUCCAUCCAGGCAUUAUUUGUGGAAUUUGGUGAGGUCAAAUGUGGCAGCAGUAUGUGGCACAGGUUUAAGCCAAGUAGAGUGUUUAUGGAUCAAACUAGACUGGCCUUCAGAGACCAAAUAUAAUGGCUCCGUUAGUCUUCUCCAGAGGAAGCUAUGUAUCGACCAUCUGGUUCCAGGGUGAGGAUGGAGGCCAGGAUACGCUUAGUGUGUUCCAAUGCAGAGUCUGUUUUUGCAAAAAAAAAGAUAGCAACUGUUAUAAAGUAUUUUAUGUGCUGUUUGGAGAAAACUGUGCAAUAAUCUGUGGACAGGGGGACAAGUUACUAAAUAAGCAAUUAGACGACUCCUGUGAUUAGGAAGAAAUAAGCAGCAAACACUAUAACAAAACUUGCUGAAUCUCUUAAAACAGACAAACUCUGCAUCUGUACAUUGUUUAAAUUACUGCUUACAAGAUUUUACACAGAAUGUAAACCUUGUGAUGAGAAAAUAAAAGCUAUUUGUGGAUUUACCCAUUCAAA